AUGAACGUUGAUAUGGAGAUCGAUUCUCCCUAUAACAAUCAAUCAGAUACCAGUUCUGGUGUUGAAUUGCAGGAUUCUCCCCUUGUUAAUGUGCAGACUAAAACCCGGCCGUUGCGGCCUGUUUCCCAUAAACGAACCAAUUCUUUGAAAAGACCCCUCACCAUGUCUCCCAAAGUCGACUCUCCAACCUGUUCAGGCCUCGCCGCCGAUUUUUGCACAAACUUCCAUGUGAACGUCGGCAACUUUGCCAACCCAAAGAAGAUUCUAUUGCCCAGCAUGAUGUGCGAGGAGAACAAGGAAAACGCUAAGAAGGUCAUGUUCCGCAAGGGAAAACGAGUCCCUGCGUUCAAGUCCGACUCUCUUGCCUCCUCCUUUUACCAUCACAGAUCCAACUCGUCCUCUUCCUUGCUGGCCUCGUCCCAGUCUUCAUCGCUCCACAACAGAUCCAGGUCCCUUCUGGACACCUCUGCACCGCUCCAAAUCCCCCCACCCACGCAGGUGUCGCCCGAAACACAGUCCAUCAUCAACAACUCACGCCUGAAAAAGAGCUUCUCGUUGAUCAAUCCGCAGCACCACAGCCUCGAAUUUUCCGAGUCCUCCUCCAGCAGCGACAACGACGAGUCCGACCGCGACGACGAAUCCGGUCACCUGCACGAGGUUGGCUCGCCAUUGCAGCAAAAGAACAGGUCGCACAGUCGGUCGCGGUUGCAACUAAACAGCGACAUCAAAAACAAGCUCCAGCGGGCUACCUCGCUUAUCCAACCCCCACAGGCGCCCCCGCCACCAAAACCCAAACUGUUCAAGCUUUCCACCACAGACUUUGGAUCAGAGCCCGGCGCACUGUCUGCUGGAGCCAACCAGCUCACCAGCAACAUCAACAGUCUGAAUUUUGGAGGCAGCUCCGUGCUUGACAGCAGCCAAAUCGACAAGCUGCACCUGGACGGGCCUGCCGAGGACUUUGGGUGCGGGAACUCGGUGUUGGCCAAAAGUCCCGUCGAGACGUUCUUUGUGGAUGACAGUCCGUUGCCGCGUAUCAACGUUGACCAGUUCCACGAGAUUUUGGUCAACUUCAAGGACAAAACUGCUGAAAAAACAAACCGGUACCUGGACUACUUUGACGAAUUGAUGGUGAUCGACUGUCGGUUCGAGUAUGAGUUCAAAGGGGGCCAUAUUGACUGUGCGUUGAACGUUUCUUCCAAGCGCGAAUUGGAGGACCUGCUGUUGAACCAGUCGGUAAUUAAAAAGACUCCAAUGGAGUACACGGCCGAGCACCGCAAGCUGAUGAUUUUCCACUGCGAGUUCUCGUCGCACAGAGGCCCCCUGAUGGCCAACCUGCUGCGCACAUGGGACAGAUACCUUAAUAAGGAGUACUACCCGCACCUGUACUACCCCGACAUUGUGAUUCUGGAAGGAGGGUACCAGAAGUUUUACCAAAGAUUCAAUGGAGUGCAUUGUUAUCCGCUCAAUUACAUAGAAAUGCACGAUCCACAGUUCAAGGACGAGUGCGAGGACGGUUUGUACAAGCUGCGCCGGGACUCGAAGAUGAGUCUGAACCGCAAGACGUCGUUCCACGGAAGCUCUGCGUCGCUGUCGCUGCGCAAGAGCUACACGUCCACGUCUGUGCUGAGUUUUGCAGAGUCGUCCAAGAGCACGAGCAUUUUCAGUUUCAGCGAGUCGACCACAGACCUAACGGCCACCGCCGGCGACGGCGAGCUUGGCGGGUUUGGUGGCGCGGUGGAUCUGGACGACUUAUGCGACGAGUCGCCCAUUUUGAAGAAAACCACUAUGCUGAAGCCCUCGCCUGUUCGGCAGCCGCAACUACCGGAGUUCAAGAAACCGGCCAGUCCUCAGAAACUGUUCAAGCUCCCCCAGCUACCUAACAGAAAGACCCUGCAUUUCCGCUCGAAAACAAUGAGCUCGCUCUCCACAACCCCCCCACAUUUCCCCCAUUUCACAGACCUCACCAAACGGUUUGAGAAACACGUCGACACGCCUAUAACCAAGAAAUAG